GCACAAAAAAUGUGGUUGUGGGGGACAGGUUCGAAGCAGAUAGGUGGAGGCGGGCGACCGAUAACUCGAGGGCUUCUUUCUUCUCGGCUCGCGAUCGUCGAGGUCUGCUGUAUCAUCGCCAGGGAUUCGAGUGGGAUCCCGGCCCACGGAGGAGAGCCAUGUCGCAGAAGCGGCAGCCGGAGGAAGGGGAGGUGGGGGCGUCGUCCGACGGCAGCGGAUCGCCCGACGAGAAGCGGCAGAAGAUUCGCUUCCAUAGGGUGGUAGAGGAAGCGAUGCAGAAGCACAAAAUUCAGAAGUGUCUCGCGGCAAUGGAGCCGUUGAUCCGGAAGAUUAUUAGGGAAGAAGUUGAUUUGGCCCUUUCGAAGCACUUGGCUAGCAUUACAAGACAAUGUGAAAAGCAGGUUGUUUGUUCUACUACAAGAAGUCUACAACUUCAGUUCAGGAGCAAGCUCUCUCUUCCCAUAUUCACUGGCUCUAGAAUUGAAGGAGAGGAUACUUCUGCCAAUUUUGUAGAUUUAAUUGAUGCCUUGACUGGGCAAGUUGUCACAACAGGUCCUGAAUCAUCAUUGAAGGUGGAAAUAGUUGUUCUUGAGGGAGACUUUGAAUUUGGCGAGGAUGGCAAUUGGACAUUUGAUGAAUUUAAGAAUAAUAUUGUGAGAGAAAGGGAAGGCAAGCGCUCAUUGCUGACUGGCGAUGUUUUCGUAGAUCUUAAUGAAGGGAUUGGUAUAUUGGGAGAAAUUUCAUUUACAGACAACUCUAGCUGGACAAGGAGUCGAAAAUUCAGGCUGGGAGCAAGGGUUCUUGAUGGUCACUACAAUGGGAUCAGAGUAAGAGAAGCCAAGACUGAGCCAUUCAUGGUUAAGGACCACCGUGGUGAAUUGUACAAGAAACACCAUCCCCCAGCACUUAGUGAUGAAGUGUGGCGCCUAGAGAAGAUUGGCAAAGAUGGUGCUUUUCACAAGCGACUGAGCAAUGAGAAUAUUAAUACUGUCCAGGAUUUUUUAUUUUUACUGUGCAAGGAUUCUACAAGGCUGCGAAAUAUUUUGGGUAGUGGAAUGUCAGCUAGGAUGUGGGAAGUUACUGUUGAACAUGCCCGUACAUGCAUUCUCACUGACCAGGUGCAUGUGUACUACCCAGAUAGUCAAAGGAAAACUGGUUUCAUCUUCAACGAUGUCGGUGAAGUACUUGGGGUGCUUUCGGAGCAGCGAUUAGUGUCAGUCAACGAUCUUCCAGACGAUGAAAGAGCAGCAGCACUUGAUCAUGUAAAACAAGCAUAUGAGCACUGGAACGAUGUCACUACUUAUGAGACAGCUGAUGUUCUUGGUAUCUCAUCACCAGCACCGCAAACUUCAUCGUUGGGAUUGGAAAACAUGUACAGCAAUUUUCCAAGUCCUGUCAAGGGUGAUGGCUUUGGUUUCACUUACUCAAGCAUCCCAUCACCAGAUAUAUUCUCGGUUGGGGGUAUGAGGGGCUUGGAUGCUUAUACUCUGGAAGCUAUAGGCAGCAUGGAGCCUCGAUAUGAGCAAGAUAGCCAGAGCACUUCACUAUACGACGGGUGUAGCAGCCAGGCAUUGUUCAGUAGCAUGCCUCAGUAUAAUUCUAGCUUUUCCUCGCCAUCUAUUGGCUUCAUUUCUGAGUCACCAGCUGACUUUGGGGUUGCCUACAAGGGCUUCAUCGAUCCGCAAUUAGCAGCAGCAGCCCCUGUAAAACCUCGCAGGGGUUGGAGGAAACUGUCAUGUGUGUUUAAGUUCAUAAGUAAGAUUGUGAUGUCGAUGAAGUCGAGGGUGCAUGAAGCAUAGACUUGGUAAGAUUUUACUCCUGGAGAAUAAUAGAAUGGCAAAGAGAAGGUUUUAGAUGGCUCAGAUGAAAUGGAUGGAGAUUUCACUCGCUCCUCUGUUUAUUCUUGUUGUUGAUGGCAUGGGAUUCUUAUGAAGAAUAACAGAAUCACAAGAAGAAGGGAAGGUUUCAAUUUGCUCAGAUGAAAUGGAUAUGCGUCAUCCUUGUUUCAUCUUGUCAAUAUUCUUCUUUUUGAUGGCUCGCGGUAUAAGAUUGAUAGAAUGGUGUACAUAAUGAAUGAUAUUAAGACACACCAAAGGGUCUCUUUUAUCGGGUCCUUGGUUGCUGUGUAUUACUGGAGAACGUAAUACACAUAUAUAAAAAAUGAUAGGAUAUUGUUGUUUAUCUUAA